AUGGAGCAAAGAUCUAUCCAUCGGGAUCACGGAGAUUUACAUUUCUUUUCAAAUGAAGAAUCGUCUUCUUCAAAUAUUCCUUCAAAUGUUUAUGAAUAUUUUCAAUUAGUUGAAGAUGGAAAAUUUCCAUUUUUCAACAACACACAAGUUCAUGUUUCUGCUAUGAAAAAUUCUGCUGGGGAAACUUUGUUGAAUGCUGCCGCACGUCUUGGACAUCACGAAAUUGUUGAAAGACUUGUUGGGGAUAUUGAUGUUGAGGAAACUGAUUAUGAUGGAUGGACAGCUUUAUUAAAUGCUUCACAUCAUGGAUUUGCUGAUAUUGUUAGAACUUUGUUGAAUGCUGGGGCUUCUAUUGAAAAUCCGGAUUUGAUGGGUUGGACUUCUUUAAUGUGGGCCUGUUAUAAAAAUCGACCUGAAGUUGUUGAUGUACUCAUUGAAUUUAAAGCACAUGUAAAUAUUGUUGGAGAAGAGGAUGGACUUACACCUUUAAUUAUUGCUUCAGGAAGAGGAUUUGUUGAAUUAGUUCCAAAAUUAUUAGAAGCUGGGGCCCAAGUAAAUACUAGUGACAAAUUUGGAAGUACAGCUUUAAUUUGGGCAGCAAGGAAAGGUCACCUUCAAAUUGUUCAAUAUCUUUUAAAUUCUGGGGCUGAAUUGGAUGCUGUUGGAAUGCAAGCUUCGAGUGCUUUAAUGCUUGCUACACGAGGAAAUUAUAUUCCUGUUGUUGAGGCAUUGUUGGCACGUGAACCUAAUGUGAAUAUUGUUGAUUAUAAUGGACUUUCUGCACUUGGAAUUGCAGCUAGAGAAGGCUACACGGAAAUAGCUGCUUCAUUACUUCAAUCCGGUGCUUUUGUUAAUACAGUUGAUCGUUUUGGUAAUUCAAUUUUGGCUAACGCUGUUCGUUCUGGAAAUAUAAAUUUGGUCCGUAUGCUUUUAGAAAGGCAUGCCGAUGUUAAUGCUAAGGAUUCUGAAGGGAGAACACCUCUACAUUUGGCUAUCGAUAAAAAUUAUUCAGAUAUUGUUUUGGCUUUACUUGAAAAGAAACCCAAUUUGGAAUUAAAAAAUCGAGAUGGUGAUACUGCUUUACUUAGAGCUAUUAAAAAUCGUGAUGUCCAAGUUUCUCAAUUAUUAGUUAGUAUGGGAGCAAAAUUAAGUACAACAGAUAAUGCUGGAGAUAAUGCUCUUCAUUUGGCACUUAGAGCUCGUUCUCGUCGUCUUACUCAAAUUUUGCUGGUUAACCCGUCAGAUUCAAAACUGCUUUAUCGACCUAAUAAAUUAGGUGAAACACCUUAUUCAAUAGACCAAGAAUCACCCCAGCCAAUAUUGCCUACUAUAUUUGGUCCAUUUGGAACAGAAGUAAUCGCUGAUGUUGUUUGUGAACCAAAUCUUUCUUUACCUUUAACAAUUGGUCUUUAUGCAAAAUGGGGAUCUGGAAAAUCAAUAUUAUUAUCUCGAAUUAGAAAUUCAAUGAAAUCUUUUUCUCGAACUUGGCUAGAUGGAAUUGAAUUAUAUUGGAGUUGGAGCCUAAUUUUAAUUGUUCUUUUAAUUUCUGCAUUAAUUACUUUAUUAAGUGCAGCAUUAUUUUCUAUUGUACAAGAAGGGAAUGAAUUAUUUUUUUCUCUUGGUGUUGGAUUGGGAAUGUUUUUAUUAUUUUUAUGUGCUUAUAGUUUUAUUUAUUAUGGAAGCGAGGUUCGUCUUUGGAAUGGUUCAAUCUCUGCUGCACGUUUAUUAGCGCGAACCUUUGCUCGUUUUAAAUUAAUGCUUUCUGUUUUGACUUUGAAUGCUCCAACACGUGGAACAGAAAAAGAAAUUCAUGAAAAAAAGUUAAUAUCUCCAGUCAGUUUUCUUUUUGCUGACAAUCAUCGACUUUCUUUUAUUGGUGGAGAACAAGCAUUGGCUAAUAUUGUUCAAUCAUUAUUUGUAGCUGCUGAAGAGCAUUAUGGAACACUUGCUGUUCGUUUAUUUACAAGUUUUAAACAAUAUCAAAAUGCGGAAAAUAGUUCUAAACUUCAAAGUAUUUGUGGAAUUCCUGUUUUAUUAAUUAUUUUAAUGUUUCCUCUUUCUUUGGCUAUAUCCUCUCUUUUAUUUAUUCAAAAUCAACAUUUGGCUGCUUCUGUUUUUAUUGCUUUUAGUGUUAUUUCUGGAACUGUUUUACUUUAUGUUUUGAGUAUUAGAUUAAUUAUUAAUUUGCCAAAGCAUCGAAUUGCCCGUAUAAUAAACAGAAUUCACCUUCAACCAUUUGAACGAAUGUUACAAAAAUUACAAAAAGAAGUUGAUUUACUUGUAACAACUCUUGAUGCUUUUAUAAAUAGUCAAACAAGACUAGUAAUAAUGGUAGAUGGUUUGGAUAGUUGUGAACAAAAUAAAAUGGUUCAAUUAUUGGAUGCGUUCAAUUUAUUUUUUUGUUCUCGUCAAAAUGCUCCAUUCGUUGUUUUACUUGCUUUAGAUAGAAAUAUCGUAAUUUCUACAAUUCAACAAAAUUUGCGUUCUUCUGGUUCUGAAAAUGAAAUAACUGGACGUGAUUAUUUAAAGAAUAUUGUUACAAUGCCAUUUUUCCUCGAUCACAUUGUUGCACUUAGAAGAAUGAGAAAUCAACAAAAUGCAAAGAAAAUGGCUUUAGAUGUAAAUAAUUUAAGUGCUCUCCCAUUAAAAGAUAGAAUUCGUUCUGAUACUUUUCUUGGUUCGAAAAUGUCACUUCGAGCAACAGAUCGAACAGAUUCUGCAGGCGUUGGAGGAAUCUCAACAAAUGUUAAUGAAAUUAGCCAUUUUUCCCCUUCUUUUGAUUUAUUUGCAAAUAUAAAUCCACGAAUUUUACGUCGAAUAGUUAACAGUAUUGCUUUGACUGGAAGAUUACUUAGAGUUUUUGAAGUAGAAUUUAAUUGGUGGCAAGUAUAUGCUUGGGUUUCUUUAAUUGAACAGUGGCCAUGGAGAAUGUGUUGGUUAAUUGAUGUUGCUUGUAGUUUACAGGAUGAUUCCCUUCUCCUUUACGAACUUUACUGCCAAUUGAAAAGUAGAAUUUCUAUUCGAGAAGGGAUGGAAGAUUUGGAUAGAAAUAGCUCAGAAUUUGAAUCAUUAACCGUUGGACAUGCCAGAUCAUUUGCCCCGUGUACUUCAAAUUUAGAUCCUUAUAUGAGAAGAUUAAUAAGAGAACAGAGAGGAGGAGAACCUUUAGUUGAUUUAGCAGAAGAAACAGAAGAACAAGAAAAGGGUGGUGGAGGGAGUAGUCAUGACCCUUUUGGACCUUUAAAAGAAUUGUUGGGGUCUGAAGCUGAGUUUCUUUUUGAUGAUCCGUUGGUGUGGGCAAGUAUUUCAAAACCUCUUGCGAGGAUGUCUGUUGGGGAAAUUGAUGCUUUAAUGAAAAGAUUAAAUAUUUCUAAAGAUAAGGUUCAGCAUGUUGGUGAAAAAUUAAUUAAACAUAAUUUAAAUGGUUUGGCUUUACAUUCUUGCAAUUUGGAGGAAUUAAGAAUUGUUUUGAAUCUUCCACUCGGUGAUUGGACUCUUUUUCAAUUAUUCAUAACUUGUAUGAGAAAAUGGAAACCAUUUAUUACUCAAUCAUUAACUGCUACACUUGGAGGGAGUAAUUCUGCUACAACAACAACAACAGAAAACACAGAAUGUAAAAGUCCAAGUGAAAGACCAACACCUUUAAGAAGUAUAAUUGAAGAAGAUGGUGCACAAUCAACACCUUUAUCUAUAUUAGAAAGAGAAGAGAAAUCACCAAAUGAAGGAGAAAGAGGAGGUGGAGGAGAAGAAGAUAAUGAUGAUGAUAAUGAUGAAGAUACAAAUAGUGUUGCUUCUGUAGCUGGUUCUGAACAUUGUCUUUUAAAAACAUCAAAUGCACCUCUUAUGGAAUGA